GUUAUCGUAGAAAUAGUCUUCUAGGAAAACCAGCUUGCUAAUCUAAGAGCUUUUUUCUCCGUUUCUUUGAAAUAUUUUCUUUCAGCUAAUUUUUCCAUACUUGGACCUCGAUGUGAAAUACUUCGAUCUUGGUUUGCCUCACAGAGAUGAAACGGAUGAUAAGGUCACUAUUGAUGCCGCCGAGGCGAUCUUGAAGUACAGUGUGGGAAUUAAGUGCGCUACAAUAACGCCAGACGAGGCAAGAGUAAAAGAAUUUAACUUGAAAAAAAUGUGGCUCUCACCGAAUGGAACAAUUCGAAACAUUCUCGGUGGAACCGUGUUUCGGGAACCGAUUAUUUGCAAAAACAUUCCUCGACUUGUGCCAGGUUGGGUGAAACCCAUCGUUAUUGGUAGGCAUGCAUUUGGAGACCAGUACCGUGCAACGGAUCUCGUCGUUCCGCAAGGGGCAACAUUACAACUUGUUGUGAAAGGAGCCGAUGGCAAAGAUGAGACGAGAACUGUUUUCAAAUAUACAAAAUCAGGGGGUGUGGGAAUGGCAAUGUAUAAUACGGAUGAGAGCAUUCGCGGAUUUGCUCACUCCUGCUUCCAAUACGCGCUCAUGAAAAAGUGGCCUCUCUACCUCAGUACAAAGAACACGAUUCUGAAGCGAUAUGACGGACGAUUUAAAGAUAUCUUCCAGGAAAUUUAUGAAACGAAUUAUGAGAAGGAUUUCAAAAAUGCUGGUAUAUGGCAUUUCCUUUAUUUGAAGGGUAAGCCCACUUCCACAAAUCCCGUGGCUUCUAUCUUUGCCUGGUCUCGAGGCCUUCAUCACCGUGGAGUGCUUGAUAAGAAUGAAGAACUCAAAAACUUCUCCCUUAAGUUGGAAAAAGCUUGUAUUGAGACAAUUGAGGAGGGAAAGAUGACAAAGGAUCUGUCAAUCUGCAUCCAUGGUUCAAAGAAAGGGGCGGAGAAGGGGAUGUACCUUGUGACGGAAGACUUUCUUAACGCAAUCUCCUCGAAACUUGCCAGCCUCAUGUCUUAG